AUGCGUACUGUGAAUAGCUCAGAGACUCCCUGGCUACUAAGAUGUACGUGUGCGAGCCAUGUGAGAGAACAGGACCUCCAAAGGCCUUGGCAGAGGUUCUCCUCAGCACCAGCAAAGAGGGGCACAGCAAAUACUUUUGACUGCAGUAGACAUUUUGGGAACAAAAAGAGUACCAAAGAUUGGCAAACACAGAGAGACUUCUGCUGUGCAAAGGCAGCACCUGAUGAAAGUCAAGACGUCAUUGCUUCUGCUCAGUGCAUCUUGGACAGAGAAAAUGAUUUUGUGAGGGAGGUGGACAGGUAUUUGAGGCACAAUGAUUUCUUAAAUCUGAGAAAGAAGGAGAUCCUGUAUAAGAAAUGGCUUGAGGAUGUUUCAGAGCCACUGCUGCAGAAAAUUGAGGACAAAAUGGACAGCCAGUCAAGUGAAGAAAUACGGAAAAGGAAAGAACAACAACUCACUCUCUAUUUAAACUACUGUAAGAAGAAGGGCUAUGUGGCUUUGGACGAUUAUGACCCAUCAGAGUACGAUCCCUUCUUCCUGAAGACCCGUACGGACUGCUGGAAGGUUUCAAUACCAACUUUACCGGAUCCUCUGUUAAAAGACGGUCAAAGAAAGUUUAUUGAGACAGGCAUUAUCAAGCAGUGUGAGACAGGAAGACCAUGCUCUACCAGAGACCUGAACAAACUCCGUAAAGCAGAACUGCCACUGCUGCCUUUGAGCAGGCAACGUAUGGAUGCAGCUGAGUGGCUGAAGAUACCACAUGCCUACAUUGCUAGUGAGGUCCACCAAAGGAAGAGGCAGAGAGUCAUCAGCCACCACAAAGAUGUUGAGAGCCAAUGA